AUGGACCGCAUGAAGAAGAUCAAGCGGCAGCUCUCGAUGACGCUGCGGGGUGGCCGRGGGGGGGAGCCCCGCGACGAGGGGCCCCCCAGCGACACCGCCUGUGCCCCCCGCCAGGACCUGAACAAGCGGCUGUCGCUGCCGGCCGACAUCCGGCUGCCCGAGGGGUGUCUGGAGCGGCUGACGCUGCAGAGCCCCCUGUUCGAGCGGCCGCUCACCCGCCGCCUGCGCCGCGUCUCCCUGUCCGAGAUCGGCUUCGGGAAGCUGGAGACCUACGUGAAGCUGGACAAGCUGGGCGAGGGCACGUACGCCACGGUGUACAAGGGGCGCAGCAAACUCACCGAGAACCUGGUGGCCCUCAAGGAGAUCCGGCUGGAGCACGAGGAGGGGGCGCCCUGCACCGCCAUCCGCGAGGUGUCCCUGCUCAAGGACCUCAAGCACGCCAACAUCGUCACCCUGCACGACAUCAUCCACACGCGGAGCUGCCUCACGCUGGUGUUCGAGUACCUGUUGGGGACCCCCCCUCGCCCCCCAGGGACGCCCACGGAGGAGACGUGGCCGGGCAUCCAGGGCAACGAGGAGUUCCGGGCGCUGCGCCCGCCGCGCUACCGGCCCGAGGGGCUGCUGCGCCACGCGCCCCGGCUGGACAGCGAUGGCGCCGACCUGCUGGGGCAGCUGCUGCAGGUGAGGGGGCGGGGCCAGAGGGGGUGGGGCAACAUCCGACCAAUCAGAGCCACCUCCAUCUUUGCCCUCAAGGAGAUCCGGCUGCAGCAGGAGCCGGGGCUGCGCGCGGCCCCGCCCCCCGAGCCCGGAGCCGCCGCCUUUCGGGUGCUUGACACCGAGUUCUAGCUCCGGGCCAGGACCUGAGGCCCGACCGGCUGCUCCGCCCCCCAUCCCGGCUGGGGGGGGCCCUGAACCCCCAAAAGCGA